GGGCCUUCUGACUCGCCGGGCGGGAAGAUGUCAUCAUUGCCAAGAAGAGCAAAAGUCAAGGUCCAGACUGUGGUAUCCAAAGAUGAAUUCUCUUCCUUCUCAGAGUUAUCAUCUGCCUCUGAAGAAGAUGACAAGGAAGAUAGUGCCUGGGAGCCCCAAAAGAAAGUCCCCAGAAGUCGUAAGCAGCCUAUUCCCAAGGAAUGCAAACCAAAGAGGGUGCGACGGGUAAAGAAGACCACCCUACAGAUCAGUGAUGGCUCAGAAGGUGUGGCUGUUAAGGAGGAGCUGAAUAACUCUGUGGCUAUUGCUGAUGUUGAUUUGGAAGACAGAAAAAAUAAGUUGGAUACUGUGCAGACUCUGAAAACAGCAAAGACAAAACGGAAAAAUUCAGCUCAGUCACCUUCAGGUCAGAGGACCAAAAAGCUAAAAGUUGAUGAAGAAGGCAACAGGGCCAGCACCAUGGAGAGUGGGCACGAGGCUGCAGAGAUGCCAUCCACAAGCACCAUGUGGGAAGGUGCGUGCAAGAAGGAAGAGAAUGGAGAUGACUUUACAUUUGGUCAGUCCCCUUUAAAGAAAAUGAAGACGGAAACAUGUCCCCAAGGGCAGCCUGUGAGGCUUCCAGCAAAUGCCACCAAUAUUAAGGAGGAGGUGGAAAUGAACUGGGACAUAGUACAGGUUUUAUCUGAGAGAACUAAUAUUGAACUUUGGGUUUGUGCCAACAUUAUUCGUCUCUUUAAUGACGAUAACACAAUUCCCUUCAUUAUACGGUAUCGAAAAGAACUCAUUAAUAACCUUGAUGCUGAUUCCUUGAGAGAAGUUCGACAAACCCUAGAGGAGCUCCGGGCUGUUGCAAAGAAGGUUCAUAGUACAAUCCAAAAAAUUAAGAAGGAGGGGAAGAUGUCUGAGUGCUUGUUAAAAGCCUUACUGAACUGUAAAACUUUUGAAGAACUAGAACAUGUGUCAGCUCCAUAUAAAACUGGGAGCAAAGGCACUAAAGCCCAGAGAGCAAAGCAGUUGGGAUUAGAAGGAGCAGCCAGGACACUGCUUGAGAAUCCAGGGCAGCUCAAUCUGCUAUCUUACAUUAAACCCAAUGUAAAAGGACUUUCAGCACUCCAGGAUAUUGAAACGGGAGUGCAGCAUAUUUUAGCAGACAUGAUUGCUAAAGACAAAGACACGCUUGACUUCAUUCGGAAAUUGUGCCAAAAUAGGUAUAUUUGCAUCCAGUCAUCUCUGGCGAAGGUGUCCUCAAAAAAAGUAAAUGAGAAAGACGUUGAUAAGUUUCUGCUCUACCAGAAUUUUUCAUGCAACAUAAGAAACAUCCAACAUCAUCAGAUCCUGGCAAUUAACCGUGGGGAAAAUUUGAAGAUACUGACUGUUAAGGUCAACAUUUCUGAUGGCGUGAAGAAUGAAUUCUGUAGGUGGUGCAUCCAAAACAGGUGGAGACCACGUGGCUUUGCAAGGCCGGAGUUAAUGAAGAUCUUACACAGUUCACUGGAUGAUUCUUUUAAACGCCUUAUUUAUCCUCUCCUCUGUAGAGAGUUCAGGGCCAAACUAACAUCAGAUGCAGAGAAGGAAUCAGUAAUGAUGUUUGGACGGAACCUUCGUCAGCUCCUUUUAACAAGUCCUGUUCCAGGGCGCACCCUGAUGGGGGUGGAUCCUGGUUACAAACAUGGUUGCAAAUUGGCUAUAAUUUCUCCUACCAGUCAGAUACUUCAUACUGAUGUGGUUUACUUGCAUUGUGGACAAGGCUUCCGAGAGGCAGAGAAAAUAAAGAGGCUUUUGCUGAAUUUCAACUGCAGCACAGUGGUGAUUGGAAAUGGAACUGCCUGCCGGGAAACAGAAGCUUACUUUGCUGACCUGAUAAUGAAAAAUUACUUUGCACCACUGGAUGUUGUUUACUGUAUCGUCAGUGAAGCAGGGGCAUCAAUCUACAGUGUCAGCCCUGAAGCUAACAAAGAGAUGCCGGGGCUGGACCCUAAUUUGAGAAGUGCAGUUUCCAUAGCAAGGCGUGUACAAGACCCAUUAGCUGAGCUGGUGAAAAUUGAGCCGAAGCACAUUGGAGUCGGAAUGUACCAGCAUGACGUAUCUCAGACUUUGCUCAAGGCAACACUGGACAGUGUUGUAGAAGAAUGUGUCAGCUUUGUGGGAGUGGAUAUUAACAUCUGUUCUGAAGUUUUGUUGAGGCAUAUUGCAGGACUCAAUGCCAACCGAGCCAAAAAUAUUAUUGAAUGGCGAGAGAAAAAUGGACCCUUUGUCAACCGAGAACAGCUAAAAAAAGUGAAAGGGCUGGGUCCAAAAUCUUUCCAACAGUGUGCUGGCUUCAUCAGAAUCAACCAGGAUUAUAUUAGAACAUUUUGCAGUCAGCAAACCGAAUCUGCGGGCCAAAUUCAGGGAGUUGCUGUGACAUCUUCAGCAGGUGUUGAGGUCACAAAUGAGAAGCAAGGCAAGAAGAAGAGCAAAACUGCAGUAGAUGUUGUACUGAAGCCAAAUCCUUUGGACCAAACUUGUAUUCACCCGGAAUCGUAUGACAUAGCGAUGAGGUUUUUGUCAUUCAUCAGAGGGACGCUGUAUGAGAUUGGAAAGCCUGAAAUGGAGCAAAAAAUAAAUUCGUUCCUUGAAAAGGAGGGCAUAGAGAAAAUUGCAGAAAGUUUGCAAACAACAGUUCACACCUUACAGGUCAUCAUAGAUGGUCUCAGCCAGCCUGAGAGCUUUGACUUUCGAACAGAUUUUGAUAAACCUGAUUUCAAGAGAAGCAUAGUCUGCUUGGAAGACCUGCAGGUUGGGACAGUUCUCACAGGCAAAGUCGAGAAUGCCACUCUGUUUGGAAUUUUUGUAGAUAUAGGAGUGGGGAGAUCAGGGCUGAUUCCCAUACGAAAUGUGACAGAAGCAAAACUUUCUAAAACAAAGAAGAGAAGGAGUCUUGGACUGGGCCCUGGAGAAAGAGUGGAAGUCCAAGUACUCAACAUUGACAUCCCCCGAUCUAGGAUUACUCUGGACCUCAUUCGGGUGUUGUGA